AUGGAAGAAAAGCCAGCCGAAUCAAAAUUUGACGAGUCCCAACUGGCAGCUCUGAUAAUUCUAUACAAACGGUGGGAUGAAAUCAAAGCCCGAGAUGGUAUACCUCCUAUUGCCGUUGACAGGACCAACUCAUAUCACGGCCAAUAUAUCAAGACGACAACAGAUCUCGACAUGGUCUGGGAGGAAAUAGUCGCACUCAGAAAGACUAUGGGAUUGGAAUCAGAUAAUGGCAAAGGGAGGGAGAGAAGAUGCAAAUGCCUAACAACCAGCAGAUACCAGGUACAAACAAAAGAAGCAAUGAACAACCUAAAGAAGCUACAACUUACUGAAUUGGAGAACUUGGUGGAAGAGGCAGCAAGAAUAUUUGCUAGGGACGGAAACUGCGCACAGUGGCGAUACUUGAUGAAGGAAGUAGAGAAGAUGAAGGAUGCCAUGGGCUGGAACAGAUAG